CUUUCCCCCGGUGCUUAAAAGAACAAACGAAAGUGUAUGUGAGAGUUUCCUGGGGAGAGGAGGAGGACCGUAAGAGUGAGGCCCCUCCAAGACGUGACCCUCGUGCAGGCGCCUCGCCCUCAGCUCCCCUACCCCACAGCCUUCCACUUGCUGUCUCUCAGCAGCCCAGCAGACAUUUAUUGAACGCCUGCUGUCUUCCAGCCUUGGGUUCUGGAGACACGGGCGAAGAGCGAUCCAGACCCUGUCCCGCCCUCACAAAGCUCAAGUGACUUUGGGGUGAGGUCCCACAGGAAUGAGAAGCCCCUCUCUCACGUUUCUGCCUUGGAAAGAUUACCUUGGAUUCCUAUUGCUUUCUUGGCAUUGAACCUAGGCUAAAAAAAAGCAAGGUAUCUUGGGAAGUCUGGGGAAGUUGUGAUAGGAACAUAAAUUCCCUUCCACCUCGGUGCUCCUGGUUCCAGCCACCAGCCUUUCUUCUGUUCCUGAACCAGCCUAAGUGGGUCUUUUACUUGCUCUGUCUCCUCCUUGGAGCCCUCCUCAUUUCCUGUCAGGUCUCAGCUCAAAUGUUGUCUUGGCAAAGAGGUUUUCUCUACUCAAACUGUCCUGUUGAUUAGGCUCUUUAUUAUCUGUUACCACAAUAGAACAGGCUACUCGAGGGCAGGGACCUUGCCUGCACUCUUCUCUCCUAUGUCUGUGCCUAGAAUAGUGCCUAGCCAAUAACAGGUGCUCACCAAAUACUGCACAAGUGUAGAAGUUCCGCCUUUUCUACCUACUCCGAGCACCCUUUGAUGUGCCCUCUGCUUUCCGGGGCUUCAAGCUCCUAGACAUCCCACCUGCCUAGAGCACACACUUACCCUUGUGCCCAGCUGCACCCCCACUUUCGGAAAGGGUGACGUCCUCCAAUGCUUUUUCUGUCGGCAGAUUCAGCAGGGCAGGGCCUGCCCCUUUAAUCUGGGCCCCACCUGCUCUGGUCAGACAGGUUUGGAGACACAGGUAAAGGGAGAGAGACUGAGAGGGAUACUUGCAGAGCCAGCAGGGAGCUGGGCAGCUCCUUCCCAAACGUUGGGGACCCUCCGCCUCUGCAGAUGGAAAGGUGAUAGGACCUCAUGGUAGACCCCAGAACUGAGGCCCCAGGAUGACAGAACCCGAGACCCUGGCCCUGCUGGAAGUGAAGGGGUCUGAGGCCCCGGAGAAGAGCUCGCCCCAGGCCUUGGUCCCCAAUGGCCGGCAGCCGGAAGGGGAAGGUGGGGCUGAGUCCUGUGGAGCCGAGUCCUCCGGGGCGGGGUCUUCUGCUGGGUCUCCCACAGCCGAAGAGGGGACUGAGGAUGGUCUCGACAGCACGGUAAGCGAAGCUGCCACCCUGCCCUGGGGGACUGGCCCUCAGCCCAGUGCCCCGUUCCCAGACCCCCCCGGAUGGCGGGACAUCGAGCCCGAGCCCCUCCGCUCAGAGCCACCCACCAAGCUAGAGGAGUUGUCCGAAGAUGAUGCCAACCUGCUGCCCGAGAAGGCGGCCCGGGCCUUUGUGCCCAUCGACCUGCAGUGCAUCGAGCGGCGGCCCCAGGAGGACCUGGUUGUGCGCUGCGAGGCGGGUGAGGGCGAGCGCCACCGGACCCGCCCGCCUGCCCGGGCCACCCAGCCCGAGCCCCCCGAGCGCAAGUGGGCCGAGGCCGCGGUGAGGCCGCCAGGCCGCUCCUGCGGGGCCUGCGGGGGCUGCGGGGGCCGGGACGGGGUGCGGGCCGUGGCCUCGGUGGGAGCCGCCCUCGUUCUCUUCCCCUGCCUGCUGUACGGGGCCUACGCCUUCCUGCCCUUCGACGCCCCGCGGCUGCCUACCAUGAGCUCCCGCCUCAUCUACACGCUGCGCUGCGGGGUCUUUGCCACCUUCCCCAUCGUACUGGGGCUCCUGGUGUACGGGCUCAGCCUCUUGUGCUUCUCGGCGCUGCGGCCCUUCGGGGAGCCGCGGCGGGAGGUGGAGAUCCACCGGCGCUAUGUGGCCCAGUCGGUCCAGCUCUUCAUCCUGUACUUUUUCAACCUGGCCGUGCUCGCCACCUACCUGCCCCAAGAGACCCUCAAGCUGCUCCCUCUGCUCACUGGUCUCUUUGCCGUCUCCCGGCUGAUAUACUGGCUGACCUUCGCCGUGGGCCGCUCCUUCCGAGGCUUCGGCUACGGCCUCACGUUCCUGCCCCUGCUGUCCAUGUUGGUGUGGAACCUGUACUACAUGUUCGUGGUGGAGCCCGAGCGCAUGCUCACCGCGGCCGAGAGCCGCCUCGACUACCCCGACCACGCCCGCUCGGCCUCGGACCACAGGCCCCGGCCCUGGGGCUGAGUGCCCGCCCUCUCACCGCCCCCACCCCAGGCCGAGCCCCACUACUGCUCUGUCUUCUGCCCUCCAUCGGUAUUGUCCUCCACCUUGGGGGCCUGGGGCAAUCGUGAGGGAGGGACUUUGGUUUCUGGCAGGGAACGGACUGGAUGGCUACGCCCCUUACGGAUGCUGAGGGCCCAGGGCCAGGAGCAGCCCCCAGCACCGCCACUAGCCCACAUGCCCACAGUGGCCACCCCCCCCACCCCGCCCUGGCCUCCAGCCUCCAGCCUCCCGUGAGGCACCAAGUGGGCUGAGCCACAGCCAAACUGACCGUUUCUGUGCCACUGUCCAAGCAGAGGGCCUCGGGGAGACUGGAAGUGUUGCCCGUGCCCAAGAUAAAGGCUGGGCAUCCCACCAAACUGGACUUCCACAUUUGGUGAAAACCUUCCUGGGGCCCUGGGCUCAGGACCCUCCACGACUGGCCUUUGUAGGAUCUUUAGCCUCCGUCGAGAUGAUCAAAACUGCCCCCGCCAGAGCUGCGGCCUCUGGUCUUCCAACCUAUUUAGGCCCCUCGAACCUCCGGCCUCCGAACUGCCCAGAAGCCGCCACGCCCCUCCCAUGGGAAGAGGUGCGGAGGGGGAGGCCUGCCUCCCCAGAGGGCAGGGGUGUGUGCCAGCACCCACGUGUGUGCUGGCUGGGGAGCAGCUGCAAGGCACAGUGGCCGACGUCGACCCCGUCUGACCAUGUGUCUGACAAUAAAUGGCUGCCACAA